AUGGUGAGAGGUCCAAGUUGCAAUGAAAAGGAAGUAAAGAAGGGUCCAUGGAGUCUAGAAGAGGAUAAGAAACUCAUCGACUACAUAAAUAAGCACGGCCAUGGUAAUUGGCAUAAGCUUCCAAACCAAGCAGGCUUAUUGAGAUGUGGAAAGAGUUGCAGGCUGCGUUGGACCAACUAUUUGCGACCUGAUAUAAAGCGUGGAACUUUCUCUUCUGAAGAAGACCAAAUAAUACAGUUCCACCAUGCAAGGCUCGGAAACAAGUGGUCCGAAAUUGCGAAGCAAUUGCCUGGGCGGACAGAUAAUGACAUAAAGAAUCACUGGAAUACCCAUCUCAAGAAAGGGCUCAAAAAAUUGUUUGUGAAUCCCCACACUGGUCAACCCAUAGACCCCAAAAAAUAA